CAGUUGAUAGUUUCUUGACAGUCGCUCUGAUAUAUUCGUUCAUCGCAUCGUCCUUUCGUCGCAUUGUUUUGUAAUGAUCUUUGGCGGGGUGUCAAUGAUAUUCGUAAAAUAUUUCUAGUGCGCAAAAUAACGAAAAAUAAUUUAUUUUUGUGAAAGAUCGGUGACUUAAUAGUCUUUGUUCUAUUAUCAUACAAAGAUAAAGACAAUAUCGGUCGGACGUUCUGAGUCUCAGUGUAGAUUAGUUCGUCUGGUCUCGGGCAUCUUGCUUUAUCUCGGAGAACUCGGAAAUGCGAACAUCUCCGGUGUACUGAUACUGAUUAUAUUCAGUUCAUCGCGCGAAACAGUAUCCGCCGGUCGUUUCGAUGAUGUAUCGGUAGUACAGGCAGCUUAUAACGUUAACAGUUGCUUUGUGAGUUUUGAAAAAAGAACUGAAUUUUAUUCUAUUCGAUUUAAAUCCAUCGCGCGAAGUCGCAAUGGCGUUGUCGGGCUUUUUACCAGAAUACAUGUACAGUUUUGUGGAUCAACUAGACGAGCAUCCAUGGCUAUUUUCUGGACUGGCUUCGGUCCUGGUCGGUCUGAGUGGCAUAUUCCCGUUGCUGGUCAUCCCAUUGGACGCCACAGACACCUUCACAGAUGGCCCUGGAGCCUCAACAUUAAGGAUACUGCUGAGUUUUGCAGUGGGUGGACUAUUGGGCGACGUGUUCCUACAUCUCCUUCCAGAAGCGUGGCAGAAUGAUUUAAAUAAUACUAAACCUGGCGAACACGUCUCCCUAAAAAGCGGACUAUGGUGCCUCACAGGAAUGCUAGUCUUCAUCGUAGUGGAAAAACUAUUCGCAGCCACAGAAAAUGAAGACGAAGAAGAAGAAUCGAAAGAACAGGAAACUAUAAAACAAAAUGGUUCCGCUAAAAUAAAAGAAAUUGAAAUAGAAGAGAUUGAGAAACUCCUGAGAGUUGAGAGGAGGCAGAGAGGAAAGAGUAUUGGUGAGGGAAUCUGUGAUAGCAAUGGCAUUGUGAGUGCCAAGGAACUGUACGAUACCUGCGUCUUCAAUAAUAAUACUAAAGGUGUAUGCUGCAACUCAGUAGUCAACCAGAAUGGCUCAGUCCGCUGCAACAACAAGGGCAACCGCUGGAUGGGGCGCUGUCUGCUCAGGGAGGCGCGGGAACAAGCGCUCAAAGCCACAAAGGAGAAGAGUAAUAAGAAAGAUGUGGCAGGCUACUUGAACUUGAUGGCGAACUCGAUAGACAACUUCACGCACGGACUGGCGGUGGGCGGCUCCUUCCUUGUAGGGUUCAGAGUCGGCGUGCUUACCACCUUCGCUAUAUUAGUGCACGAAAUUCCUCAUGAAGUUGGAGACUUUGCGAUCUUGCUCAAGAGUGGCUUCUCGCGGUGGGAGGCGGCUAAAGCGCAGUUGGCUACGGCAGCAGCUGGUCUUAUCGGCGCCAUGACAGCUGUGAUCUUCAGUGGAGCCAGGAACUCUAUUGAGGCAAAAACAUCCUGGAUAGUCCCAUUCACAGCGGGAGGCUUCCUACACAUCGCACUAGUGACGGUGUUGCCAGACUUACUGAGAGAACCUGACAAGAUGCAGUCACUCAAACAUUUGGGAGCUCUUGUAUCAGGUAUCGUCAUCAUGGCGUUCAUGACGUACUACUUCGGAUAGACAGUUUGAUAGUACUUGUCCUAAUGUAGGGGCUUAUUGGUAGAAGGUAAAAAACUACCAGAAAAUGGUAGUUUGUGUAGAACUUGGUAAAAUUUUGGAAAAUGUUCGCUGUUUGGUAAUUAGGUACAUGUGAAACUUGCGUUAUAUAAUUAUGAAGAAAAAUCAUGUUUUACCUAUUUGACUAAUUAUUAUGUAUGUUGUAGUAUAAAACGAAAUUAUCUAAUUUACUUAAAUUACAAUAAGUACACACCACUCACAUGAGAAUAUGUUAAGUUUCCUUUUUAAUAUCUACCUAAUAAAAGCUAGAAUUAAAAAUGAAAUAAAUUAUUAUAAUACCAGUCUCACUUGAAUUAAUAGCCAUAAUACGAACCUUUUCAAAAUAUUAUGUAACCACAACCUCACCCGGGGCCCCUUCUAAGUUGUAAAUAAUGUCACAGUGGCUAUAAUAACUUAGGAAUCAUAUAUUUUUAUAUUCUUAAGAUUAUUCAACGUCCAGACGGACACUAAAUGAGUAUUAAUAUUUUUGAAUUUAACUUAGACUGUGAACUUGUCGAAAUUAAGUUAAAACUAUAUUUUAGGAUAAGCUUAUAAAUACUCUGAUAACGUAUUUAAGUGAUACGUAAAGUUUUAGUAACAUUUUUACAGUUGUAACUGGCAACACUCACAGUGUUGCUAGCUUAAAAGAGGUUCCCAAUUUUGGUAGAAAAUAAGAAAGUUCAAGAGUCAAUUUCCAAGUUUGUUUCGAAGAUUUUCUAAUAAGUAUGUUUAAAUUCUAAUAUUUUAUUGAAGUAACUAUUACUAUUAUGAUAUAUGAUACUAGCUGGCUAAUAUCAAACAAUUGUGUACUCCACUAUAUAAAUGUACAAAUAUAAAUAGGUUAUGAUCCACUUAUUAAAACCAAAUCACACUAUGUUAUGUAGUUUUAAGUUAUUAUUUCUAAGUAGUACUUAGUUUUAGGAGAUGCUGUAUCCUUAUUCGAUCUCCACUAAUGUCAUUAAAAUAUGAAAAAAA